UCAUCUUGCGGGGGGUGAACAAAGUACCAUCACUAGGUGACAGCUGGUCAGCAAACCUGGGAAACCCAAGGAUCAUUGCAACUAUGGCCCGAUGCCGCUUCCAAAACAUCAUGCGACACCUGCGUUUUGAUGACAUGCUUACACGCAGAGAGCGAGCGGAGACCGAUAAGUUUGCUGCAAUCUCCGAUGUUUGGGGAUCGUUUGUCACCAACUGCAUCGCAUCCUUCAACCCUGGUCGACACAUCACUAUUGAUGAACAGCUUUAUCCAUCAAAGACUCGCUGCUGUUUCCUGCAAUACAUAGCAACAAAACCGGACAAGUUUGGCAUCAGGUUUUGGGUGGCUUGCGACUUGAAGUCAAAGUAUAUCUGCAAUGUCUUCCCAUAUCUCGGCAAGGACCCCAGUCGUCCCAGCGGGGAGAGACUGUCCGAGUCUGUAGUGAUGAGGCUGAUGGAACCGUUCAUGGACAAGGGCAGAACUGUAACCACGGACAAUUUAUUCACAUCACUGUCACUUGCACAACGACUGCUUAGCCGGAAAACCACUAUCCUCGGCACAGUCAACAAGAGACGCCGGGAAAUUCCUCAAUCCACUUCACAGACGGAUCGCACUGCAUUCACCACUCAGGUGUUUUCAACCACUGGUGCCACGCUGACGGUGUAUGCGCCCAAAAGGAAGAAGGCCGUUUACAUUCUCAGCAGCAUGCACAGCGUGGUUGAGACUGAGGAUACCACCAAAAGGAAGCCAAACACGGUCACGGACUACAACAAAACAAAGUGUGGUGUGGAUGUCAUGGACCAAAUGGUGCGGGAGUACAGCGUGCGUGCAGGAACACAGAGAUGGCCAGUUGCGGUGUUCUACAACAUGGUUGACAUGGCAGCACUGAAUGCACAUGUGCUGUAUCAGGCAUGCAUUGGGGUGAAGGAGAGACGGGUAGACUUCCUUGUUGAACUUGCUAAAGAGUUGGGUAACUUUCAUGUGAAUGAGAAGAAGGCACACAAGGAAAAACUGCUUCGGGAACAACCUUCCACACCCAGCCCAGGCAAAAGGGCGAAGUGUCAAGUCAACCAUCGAUGCAAGACCAAUAAUGCGACUGUGAGAUGCGUUGACUGCUACAGGUACACAUGUGGCAAAUGCACCAGGGCCAUACCCUGGCAGUGCCAGGUAUGUUCUGACAGUGCAGACGGACUGUGAGUGCUGAAAUGCCAGUCACACAAGGACAUGCCACUCAGCCCCCCAUGUGCCUAGUGUAAAUAUGUGUGGAAUUGUUUUAUUUCUUGUAUUUUUUGUGUCAUCAAAUUUUUGUUGUGUUA